AUGGCCAAAGGUGUGGAAAUAUCAACGAACGAGGAGUUAUACGUUUUAGAGUCUCUUAAACAAGGAUUCAGAACAGACGGUAGAAAAUUAGAUGAGAUUAGACAGCCAAAUAUAACAUUGAGUCCUAAUGAGUAUGGAUAUGUUGAGAUUGAAUGGGGAUUAACAAAAUUGGCGGUGAGGGUUUCGGCAGAGAUUGUUGUUCCGUACGAGGAUAGACCAUUUGAAGGGUUAUUUAUGAUAAAUACAGAAAUAUCGCCUAUGGCAUCGGCCCAGUUUGAAAAUGGAAAAAAUUCAGACGACGAGAUUUUGAUAUCCAGAUUGAUCGAAAAGGCCAUUAGAAGGUCAAAUGCUUUGGAUUUGGAAUCGUUGUGUAUUGUUGCCGGAUCUAAAGUUUGGCAAAUAAGAGCAGAUAUUAACUUUUUAAAUUAUGAUGGGGGCAUCAUCGAUGCUUCAAGUUUGGGGGUGAUGGUUGCAUUGCAACAUUUUAAGAAGCCAGAUAUUUCGAUCAACGGGGAAGAAAUCAUAGUGCAUAGCGUUGACGAAAGACAGCCUAUUCCUUUGUCCAUAUUGCAUGUACCUAUCUGUAUAAGUUUCCUGUUUUUCAAUCCGGUAGGAAUAGAAGAAAAUAUCAAGGGAGAUUUAAACGAAGAGAUUUCCAUAAUUGACGCCAACCAACAAGAAGAAUUGUUAAGGGAUGGAUCACUCGUCAUAACAAUAAAUAAGAAUCGUGACUUGAUCCAAUUGUCUAAGAAUGGUGGUUUGCCAAUAGAUGUCAUGCUUUUGAUGCAGUUAGCCAAAAGAGCGUAUGUCAUAGCAGAUAAUUUAACUGAUAAAAUCAAAGAGUUAUUACAAGCCGAUGAGAAAGAGAGAUACGAGAGAAUGAACUUGAAAUUAUUAGAAGUAGGUGCCGAUAGGUAG